GGCAACAAUGUGGCUCUGGGUUGGAAUUAUCUGUGAUUUAACUGUCAAUACUUCAGUCACCCUGUUUCUUCUUUCGUAGACUACCAGCCUUCAAGUCUGGGUACUAAGUAAACCCUAGAAGUGUAUCAUAAUGUCAGCGCCUUUGACUUUCACUGGGAAAGUUGUUGUUGUCACUGGUGCCGGUGGAGGACUUGGUAGAGAAUAUGCAUUGGCAUUUGGUGAGAGGGGAGCGUCAGUUGUUGUUAAUGACCUUGGAGGCGAUAUUAAAGGGGGAGGGAAGAGCUCUGCUGCUGCUGAUAAAGUCGUAGAAGAGAUUAAAUCCAAGGGAGGCAAGGCCGUGGCAAACUAUGAUUCUGUAGAGGAUGGUGAGAAAGUGAUCCAAACUGCCCUUGAUGCUUUUGGAAGAAUAGAUAUUGUUGUAAAUAAUGCUGGGAUACUUCGGGAUCGGUCCUUUGGCAGAACAAGUGAUUUGGAUUGGGACCUUAUCCAUAGAGUCCACCUGAGAGGCUCGUUCAUGGUGACUAGAGCUGCCUGGAACCACAUGAAGAAUCAGAAGUUUGGGAGGAUCAUCAUGACCUCAUCGGCAGCUGGCAUCUACGGCAACUUUGGGCAGGCGAACUACAGUGCGGCGAAGCUGGGCCUCGUAGGGCUGGCCAACACCCUGGCCAUCGAGGGCCAGAAAAACAACAUCCACUGCAACACCAUCGCACCGAUGGCUGGUUCACGUCUCACGCAGACUGUUAUGCCCCAAGAUCUCUCUGAGUCCUUGAAAGCUGAAUAUGUGGCUCCUCUGGUUUUAUGGCUGUCUCAUGACCAGUGUCAGGAAAAUGGAGGCCUGUUCGAGGUUGGUGCCGGCUGGAUCGGAAAAUUGCGCUGGGAGCGUUCACAGGGAUGUAUCGUGAGGCAGAAAAAUCAGGCCAUGUCUCCUGAAGCUGUCCGAGACCAGUGGGACCACAUCUGUGACUUCACUAAUGCCACGAAACCUUCAACCAUCAAUGGGUCCCUGGCCACGCUGGUGGAGGUGCUGUCACGAGUGGAGACGGAGGAGGGCGUCGCCCCUAACCCCGCCCGCGGUGCGGCCGGCGCCCCCGCUGCUCCCAGCCCUGAUCCGAUGGAGGCGGUCGGGCGGAGGCUCCCGGAAAUGACCUUCAGCUACUCCCACAUGCAGUGCAUUUUGUACGCCCUGGGUGUGGGCAUGUCCACCAGGGAGAACGACCACCUGAAAUUCCUGUACGAGGGCCACGAAGACUUCUGCGUCCUGCCCACCUUUGGAGUUAUCCCAUCCCUGGGCUCUUUGAUGGAUGGGGGGUUGGGCUCCUUGCCUGGACUCAACAUUGAUUUCACCAGGUUGUUGCACGGAGAGCAAUAUCUGGAGGUUUUCAAACCGUUACCCACCUCUGGAACCCUGACCUCUCAGGCUACAAUAGCAGACGUGCUGGAUAAAGGAUCUGGAGCAGUCAUUCUCCUGGAUGUCCACACAUACAGUGGGAAAGAGUUGCUGUGCUACAACCAGUUUUCUCUGUUCAUCGUGGGGGCUGGAGGCUUCGGGGGACGGAGAACGUCAGAUAAAGCAGUGAGCCCCGUUGCCCCUCCGAAGAGAGAUCCUGACGUGGUGGUGACAGACGCCACAACCAGGGACCAGGCUGCCUUGUAUCGCCUGAGUGGAGACUGGAACCCUCUGCAUAUUGACCCGAGCUUCGCCGCAAUGGGAGGAUUCAAAGCCCCUAUUCUCCAUGGCCUGUGCUCCUUCGGAUUCGCUGCUAGACACGUGCUGAAGCAGUACGCCGACAACGAUGUCUCUAGAUUCAAGUCCAUCAAGGUUCGCUUUGUGAAGCCGGUGCUGCCUGGCCAGUCCCUGCAGACCGAGAUGUGGAAAGAAGGAAACAGGGUUCACAUCGAAUGCAAAGUCAAAGAGACUGGUGCCGUGGUUCUGUCGGGGGCCUAUGUGGACCUGCAUGCUACUACAGGGGACGCCCCACACGGUCUCCCUGAGGUUGAUGCACUCAAAAGUGAGCUGGUGUUUGCUGAGAUCGGUCGUCGCAUCAAGGACCUUGGGGCUGAGAUGGUCAAGAAGGUCAAUGCUGUCUUUGGCUGGGAGAUCACCAAAGGGGGAAACACUGUAGCCCAGUGGACCAUCGAUUUGAAAACUGGAAAUGGAGCCUUGCACCAGGGCCCCUACAGCGGUAAACCAGACGUGACCUUCACUGUAUCUGAUGAGGACUUCAUGGCGGUGGCACAGGGACAGCUAAACCCUCAGAAGGCAUUCUUUGCAGGCAAGCUGAAAGUACGAGGAAACGUCAUGCUUAGCCAGAAGCUGGAGGUGAUUCUCAAAGACUAUGCUAAGCUGUGAGGCAGAGCUGUUCUGCUCACAGGGGAACUGCUCAAUCAGUUACCAUGUCGUCGCUUCACAGAGGAAAGGCGCAUUAUUAAUUUUGCGUGUCUGACCUGAAUUUAUACUGCAGCAGCGGAAGUCAAAUGACUGGAAUAUGUCAUGAUUGUUUUGCCCAGUGACUGUCAUUUCAACUAAUCAACUGAUGGAUACCAUACUCUAAAAGAUCAUAGUCUAAUAUGAUGUUAGGUGACAGAUUGAGAUCAUGAGAUUCAUAAUUGACUUUAACUGAGACUUUGCUCUUAGAAGGUAAUACAUGUUACCCAUGCUUAUUAACUGUCAAAGCCCUUGAUGUCAAUAAGGAAAGUGCUGAUGUCCAGUUACAAUUAAAUGCUGAUUGUAGGUGGAGUUUCUAGUCUGAUGUUCUCUCCCAAAGCCAAGCCGGAUGAGUGCGUGAGACCCAGAUAUAACGGAGAUGUAGGACACCGAUUGGCUCAGCAGAAUGUGCCACAGCAUAUGUGGACACUGGAGCUGCGUUUAAACAGGCAGCACAACACUGAUCCCCUCCCCACCAAUUGCUCUUUUAAACCAAUAAUUUCAGAUCUUUUCAAAUCAGAUUAGACCAUUUGGAAGCUCAGUUAGUGCAAUAAAGGUCCGAGUUGGGCUACUUGUGUAAAUGGACAGCAGAAUGGGCUGGGGAUGACUCCUGUUUCCAGGGCAGUGACGAGCACAAGACAUGAAACCAUCUGCAGCUAUGCUUACCACUGCUCCCAGAUUAGUUCUUAGCGAUUGUUGGAUUUUAUUGAUGGGGCCAGAGAACUGGUAUUUCAUUUUUUGCAUUCUGGGAUUUCUUGUCACUGGUUGUAAAAGUGGUGAUGUGGUUAGCCAAAAUGGGUCCCUGGAAAUAGUGUAAUAUGUCAUUUAUGUACUGAUGUGGUUACUUCGGUGUGUCAGUGAUGCUAACAGAUUAUACAAAUAACAUCCAUCCCAAAAUUGUGCGGGGGGGGGCGCGUAAAGCAUUAUUCACAAUACUCCCAGACUGUAUCUUUGUGACUGUAGCUUCUCUUUUGAAAUGCAUGUAAGAUAAUCCUAUACAACAUGUAAACAAAAAAAAAUUGCUAUAAAGUGUUGGUUUGGCAUAACAUGGUGAUGGAUGAGUGACCAUCACCACACUACCACAUUAAUUUCUAAUAAAUCUCAUCUACUUUUAUCAUAA